UCGGCUGCUGAGUAAACCCCGCACGCGGAAAUAAUUUUUGCUUUCUGCAAAUAACACCGGAUACCGCUAUAUUUUAACCCUUCGACGUCUGCAUUUUAUUUUAUACAGUUGUUGCCAUCUCAGGUAGCUAUUAAUGUGCGAUACAUUUAUCAUGGAUUUUGGCAACAAACUAGAAGAACUUAAUAUGACGACAGAUGAAAUAACCCGUUUCAGUAAAGCCAUGAAGGAGGAGAAGUUUCGUGAGCUGCUCCAGGAAUACGCAGAGGAAAUAUCAAACCCAGAGAACAAGAAGAAGUAUGAGGAGGAAAUCACAAAGCUGGAGCAAGACAGGGGCAUAGAGGUAAAAUUUAUACAUCCAAAUCCCCACCAUGUGCUGAAGACCAGUAUGAAUAGGAAAGAGAAGUGUUUUAUUAAUAUCUGCUCAAAUAACCUAAUCAACAUGCCCACAUGUGAAGCCAAAAGAACUGAAAAUGGCCAGCUUGGGCAGUGCUGGUCACUGCCAUACAGUCUUACUCCUGGCAAGCCUGAAAGAGACAGCAGGGGCAAUAAAUACACAAUAUAUGAUGUUGUUUUUCAUCCACACACGCUCUACAUGGCAGGCAAGAACCAAAGAUUCAUGAAACUUGUGAACAGCACUGCCAUACAAGGGGUGGAGAAUGCCUUUCAUGUCACACUGGACAGAACCAAUGUGUUACUGAAAAAAAUCCAAUACAAAGGUGUGCCUCAGCCAGCUGUAAUACGUAACCAAAUCCCUGGUGAGCCCAAGAAGGAAGAAUCCUCUUCUCAUGACAAAGCUUUCCAUAUACUUUACCCAGACACUAUGCCAAUCAAAAAUCCCAAGUCCCAGUCGUCUUUGCUUACCCAAAGUCCUAUCAAACAAAGUUCUUUAGUGCAUAUACAACCACAUUACACUAUCAAAUAUAGAUCUUUUGUGGAUCUGCAAGACUAUAGAUGCUCCAGAGACUCAGCUCCAGGUCCACGCCCAAAAGAGAUUGUCAUUACCAUAGAUUUACCACUUCUCAAAUCAGCAGCAGAUGUUGACCUUAACGUGACUGACAGAAAACUGGCUUUAGAGUCUCAAAAGUCAGAUUACAAACUAGAGCUACAGUUAUCCUAUCCUGUGGAUGCUGACAAAGGAGAUGCCAAAUUCAACAAGGCUAAAAAACAGCUUACCAUAACUUUAGCUGUACAGCCAGCUAAGAACCAUGCUGUGGCUCAUGUUGAGGGGAAUCAGCCUGAAAAUGACUAUAGUGUUGUGAUGGAGACAGCAGAUAAAGCGAUAUAUGAAGCAGAACUGGUCAAAAAGGUACAGAGUGAGCUGAUGAUCUCAGAUGAAAUUUGCAAAGCACACCCUCAAGAAAACAGACCUGUGCAAGCAGAUGAAGAAAUUGUGCAAUUCUCCUUUGUUGAGGUAGAAAGUUAUAAAAUGAACUUUUUGGAAUCCAAAUCUACACCAUUACAGUUGUCCAGGGCAGAUGCAACACUCACUUGUGAAAUAAACAACACUAAGGCUUCAAGAUCAUCGGAGAAUGCUAUGAAUGGGCCAAAAAAGGAAACGUUUCCUGUAGUUGAGUCCCAAAUGAAACAGACUGCAUCCCAUUUAAAAGACGCAUUAAUCAAUGUUCAAAAUGUUCCUGCCAACUCAUCCAUUUGGGUAACAGGAAAAUCUGCGGUGGAGUCAUCACCCAUCAGUGAUGGACUGAACCAAGUGAAUUCUCCAUCAGACUCAAUAAAUAUUUUGUGCAGACUUGAACAGACUGGGGCAUUAUCUGAAGAUCAAAACAGCUCUACCAAACAAAGUCCCUCCCUAGUGCCACUGAACGAGCAAGUAGAUGUUGAUUCUUCCAAACAGAGCAAAACAGAUUUCAGUUUUCCCAUUCCUACUAUCAUUAAAGAGAAAAACCCUGAAGAUGGCAGUGAGGUUAUUAAUAUUGACCAUACCACAUCUGCUGCCCUCUCCUUUCAGAACACUCUAUGGUUUGAGCUUGACUAAAAACAUGGCCCACUUAUGUUAAUUUAUGGCUAACAUAUUUGACACAUGUGUGCUAUUUGUUAGCGAGGUUGUAGUAAUGAAUAACAUCACUAUUACUUGAAAUAUGUAACCAUCCAAAGAAUUAAAAUUAAAAAUGACUAUUUGAUCAU